AUGGCGGAAGGUGUGUGUGGGGAGAGGAAGUCCAUGCGCUGCGGGCCUCGACUGCCGCGACAUCUCACCUUCCACGCCCGCACUAACGCUUCCCCCCUCACGGACAGGGGACGGAACCAGUGGUUUCACCUCCGGCGCCGUCGCCAUUCGCUGUCGAGGUUCCUGACCCUCGCCUUCGCGUUCUGCAUAGAUGAGACGCAUGCAGAUACGGUCAUCCAACGCAUGGCGUCUUUUAUUUCUUCCCUUCACGUCUCGCCCACGCCUUUUUCAUCUCCAGCUCGCAUCGAAUGCCGUUCAGCGUUCGCGACAUUCGACAACACUGAUGCCAUACCUCGAGAGUCCCAUUCCACCACGUGCCCUCCAGGCCACUCGCCGUCUCCGACAACCGGAUUUUCCCCGGCUUUCAAAAUGAUUCCCCAAAGAUUCGACCUCGGGAUGCUGGAUCCCUCGUUCACGGUUUUCUUCUGUUGCGACUUCCAAGAGAAGUUCGCUCCGGCGAUUCUUCAUUUUAAGGAGAUCCUCGACGUCAGCAAGAGACUGGUUGAAGCCUCAAAGAUGCUAGGGAUCCCACUGAUUGCAACCGAACAGUAUCCGAAGGGGCUGGGGAAAACGGUGACAGAGCUGGACGUUAGCUCGGGAAAUGCCCUGGGAGUCGUGGAGAAAACGGAAUUUUCUAUGUGUGUUGAGCCCGUUUUGGCCCAGCUGAAGCAGGCUUGUGGUGGGAGCGCCAAGUCCAUCGUUCUUUUCGGCAUAGAGGCACAUGUCUGUGUUGAGCAAACAGCCAUAGACCUCAAGAGUCUUGGGUAUGAUGUACAUGUUGUUGCAGAUGCAACUUCUUCCAGAAGUCAGGAGGACCGAAUGUUAGCAUUCCAGAGGCUUCAGCAGAUAGGAUGUUUCAUCACAACCCAUGAGAAUGUUCUCUUUAAAUUGAUCCGAUCCAAGGAUCACCCUAAGUUCAAGGAAGUGCAGAAACUAAUCAUCGAGCGAGUCCCUUCCACUGGGCUUGUUCCUGCUUCCAAAAUGUGAUACUCAUCACCAUGAUAUUCAUGACCUCGGGUUCUUAUCUGCAUAUUUCAUUUGUAUUUCCCUUUUUGAGAUUAUGAUGGAAUUAAUGCCACUUAAUUGCCAUUCUCUACUACCUAUUACAGGGGAUGAAUAUAUGGGUUCCUUCAAAAUU